UUACCCAAAAAUGAUUGAAAUUCCCAGAGAUUACGAGCAAUUAAAUUCAUAAUAGAGACUAGAGAUAUUGUAAUUUUAUGUACCUCCAUUUUUGUUAUUAAACUAGUUCGAAACUAUUGUUUCAGAAUAUACAUCGUUUAACCACUCUUAAUUUAUAUAUCCUCUUUAUCAAACGUUUUAAGUCUAAUUAAACCAACAAAUGAGAUCAUUAUCAAAUCAAGAUGAAGUACUUUCUCUAUCUAUUUAGGUUUAUGAAUCAUUUAAAAAUCUUUAGAAAAAAGCCACGGAAGAUUCCACAAUCCAAGAGAUGUUAUUCGAAUAUGAUGAAUGUAUUCCCUAAAUUAAACUAUCUUAGUCAUUCAUCCCAUUAAAAUCCAAGCUCUACCUAAAUUAAUAAAAUAAAAAUAAAAAAAACCACAAUGUGACAAAAAAGCAGCCAGUUGCAUCCUAGACGAAUAACCCAUCAAGCAUGAAUUCAUAAUGACCGGCUCCUAAUCAAUGAUGGUUAAUUAAAAUAAGGACAGAGUCCGUAGUAUUUCCGAAUUAGACGAAGAAUUAAAACUAAAUGUGAUUAGAGAAUUCGAUGAGAAGAGUUACAUUUCCUAAAUUAAUUUUGAAAGAAGUCCUCAAAGUGAUUUGAAAUCUGUCAUUGAAUAAAGAAUGGAACAGUCCCAAAACUACUAUUUCAAUGAAGCUUAAUUGGAUGACGUAACUAUACCCCCUUAAUUAUAGGCAUACUAUGUAAUUCAAUAGGCUAAGGCUGAGAUUUAGAACAAUCAACCAUUAGAAGCUUGGUUCUAAGAAAACUAUGGAGAUUUCAUUGAUAUGAUACAGGACAAGUAUGCCACCAUGUAGCAUAAUCUGAAUGAGUUAGAUUCAGAUGGAUGGGUCAUUGAAAAAAACACUAAAUAAUUAGUAAUCAAAUAUAAAAUUGACUCCAAAAAUUCAACAGUAACUCUUUUUAUGGAUUCAGUCUUUGAAGCCAACAUCACUAAAUUAAUGGCUUUAAUUAAUGAAAUUGAACUCUAUCAAAAUUAUGUACCUUUUUGUGUCAGAUCUUCCAUGCCUAAAAGGAUUGGAAAAUGUUGCAAGAUUUGUGAUAUUCAAGUUUACUUUCCCUUGAUCUCGGAUAGAAAAGCUGUCUUUGUUGGGGAAGGCAUCGAUAGACUCAACAUAAAUGGAACCAUUGUUUUUUUAUGUAAAUCUGUUGAUAAUAAUCCUGAAUUUCUUAAAUUACAUAAUAUAGAUUUAUCAAAGGAUAAAGGAAAGUUUGUUAACUUGAUACUUAAUUAUUAUGUUUUUGAACUCACACCACUUAGUGAUAAUAAAUGUAGAGUAAGGGCUGUUACUAAUUCAGAUCCUUAAUGUAGAUACAUUCCAAAAGCCUUGGUAGCUCUAGUAGCUAGAAAAGUAUUAAUAAUGUAUAUCUUAGAUGGCAAGCACCUUGUUUGAAAAAAUGUAAAAAAUUACCUAGAAUUUCGCCAAAAGCCCAUGGUAUCCAAAAUAUCUUGAAAAUUAAGAGUUUUAUAAUUGGAUUGACAAUAAAGUAACCAACCACUUUUCUAAACAAUAAAAUUGA